CAGAGAGGCUCGUUAUCCGUCAGAAAUUCCGGAACACUACGUAGUUGACGAGAGUGUGGAAGACAUAGCGGGGCAGGAAGACUUGUCACAAGACAUGCUGAAGCAUCAAAAGCUCUUGGAAGUUGUGAAAGACAAUGUGUCCAAAGCACAGGAGAACACAAAAGUCAAAAUACAAAGUACUAAAAAGAAAAUUGACUUCAAAGUUGGUGACAGAGUUUUGAGAGCUAACAUAAGAAGCCAGCAGAGGAAAGGAGGAAAACUUGAACCAAACUUUUUAGGACCUUAUAUCAUUACCGCAAUUCAGGAUAAAAGUGCAGACCUUCAAAAUGCCAAUGGAGCAAUCAUUCCAAAAGUAAACAUAGACCAGCUAAAAUUAAGCAAAAAUACCAUAUCAAGAGUGCCACACUGGGGUUUGAAAAAACAGGCACAAGCUUCAGUUGCUUCACUUUCAUCACCCUCAUUGCAACCUGCAGCCCAAUUACUGCCAGCACAACCAGCCAUAACCCCACCACAACAAGGUCCAGCAGCCCCAUCAGCCACAAGACCAACGGCUACUGCAGCUCCACAGGCUACAGCAGCAACAGGUUCUGCUACAGCUUCAAAGACUACAGCAUCACCACCACCACCACCACCAAUUACAGCUCCAGAUGCUACAGUGUCACCAGUGACAACCCCACAACCAUCUCAAGGCCAACAAGCUACAGUGCCAGCAGUGUCCGAUCCAGGCCCAGGAGUUACAGCCCUGCAAGAAGACACACCGCCAGCAUCAGCCCCAAAUACUUCAGCACCAGCACAUGCUUCAGCUCCUCAAGCCACAUCCCCAACAUCAGAGCCAGCUUCAGAAAUGGCAGCACCAAACACAGCCUCACAAGCUGCAGCACCAGACCUAGCCUCACAGGCAACAUCAUCAGACCCAGCGUCACAGACUGCAGCGUCAGACCCAGCCUUACAAGCCACAGUACCAGACCCAGCGCCAGCCCCAAAAGCUGCGGAAUGAACAGCAUCAGCCCCAAAUACUACAGCACCAGCACAUGCUACAGCUGCACAAGCCACAUCAACUACAGCCCCAGAACCUGCUUCACAGACUGUUGCACCAGAUCCAGCCUCACAAGCUACAGGACCAGACCCAGUGCCAUCUCAAAAAGAUAAAGCACCAACAGCACCAGACCUAAACCUAAAAGCUUCAGCACCACCACAUGCUACAGCACAACCAGCAACAGCACCAACAGCACCAGCUUCAGAUCCACAAACCACAGCCCCACAAGCAUCUGCUCCACAGGCUACAGCACCAACAGGAUCUACUACUCAUCAGCAAUGUACAGCACCAUCUGCAGCAUCACGGCCUCACAGAUAUACACAAGCUGUUGCAGAGAAAUGUAUAAUGGAUGCCUGGUCUGGAAAGAAUCCCCAUGUUCUUUUGUCAAAAAUAGGUGCCUACAAAUUAUUUUACUGGGAUAUCACACAAACUGGUCCGGACAUGGAGUUGGAAAGUGAGUCAAUUAAUGCCUAUCUAGCUAUCAUGGUGCGUGAGUGCAAUCACCAGAACUCUGCAAAAGCAGCAUUCAUUGAUUCAUUUGCAAUGACUGCUGCAUGGAACAGAAAAAAUACAAGGCUCAAGAUCAAACCCAUGGAGCAUGAAGUGAUUGUGGGAAUUGUAAAUGAACAUCAUCACUGGACAUUAGUGGUCAUAUACCCCCAAGAAAAGAAGUCGCUGUAUCUGGAUCCACUAGGAGAGACAAAACAAGGCAUCCAAAAAUGUUUGGAAUCUACAAGGGCAUUUAUGAGAAAAAAGGGAUGCAAUGUCUCAAGGUGGACUUGUGACACAGUCAAACAUCCAAAACAAAUGGAUGCUACUUCAUGUGGAGUCUUUGCAUUAAAGUUUGCUGAGAAAAUCUUGCGAAAGGAGUCAGUAGAUUUUCCAUCUACUAAAAAAGCAAUAAAUGCACACAGGUUGCAAAUUGCAACCACUCUCCUCCUAGAGACAGAUGACCUGACAAACCUCUGUCACUUCUGUGGGAAAGAAGAGCAUGAUACUGACUUCAACUGGAUUCAGUGUGACUUGUGUUUGCGGUGGUUCCACCAGUACUGUGUGAACAGCCAGAGGAAUGCUUUAUUUGUUUGGCUUGUAAAUAGUUGA